AUGUCUGCCGCCGUCGCUACUCGAGCGCCGCCACCCAAGCCUGUAAUCAAAACACCCCCAACUCCUCCAAACCAGACUCUCUAUGUCACCAAUCUGCCAUCGGCGAAAAUCAACAAGGCCGACCUGAAGACCGCUCUUUAUCUCCUGUUCUCUACGCACGGCCCCGUACUCGAUGUUGUUGCCUUGAAAACUGCGAAGAUGCGAGGCCAGGCGCAUAUAGUUUUCCGUGACACUCAUGCUGCCACACAAGCCAUGAGAUCUCUAAAUGGCUUCCAGUUUCUAGGCAAAGAACUCCAAAUUCAGUACGCAAAGUCGAAGUCGGAUGCCAUCGCAAAACUUGAUGGCACCUACAAACUGCCUGGUUCGGCUGCCGCAAAUGUGGAGAUGACCGAAGUCCAACAAAGCAUCUUUAAUGCGCCUGCGCCCACAUCAGCCUCCGCAACGACGGCGCCUACAUCACAUAGCCUGCCGGCAAAACCACCCCAGGCAACAAAUGUUCCUGCGGUUAAUGCACCAAGUCCUGAUACUCGCGGUCAGAAACGGCCUCGCGACGAGGAAGAGGAGGAAGGGGACGACAGUGAUGAAGAUGUAGCAAUGGAGGAGGACAGCGAUGACGAGUAA